GAGUGGGACACGAGGCGGAGGGAGCGCUCAGUGAAUGGCGGGGGGGGAGUUGCCUUCACGGAUGUGUGCCUGCGCUCACAAGAAGGAGGUGUGGGUUUGUCUCAAGUGUUUGCAUCUAUUCGGAGGAAAAAUAAGCGAUAGGCUGCCUUUGGACGCGAACGUGCAAUCAUGUCACGAGCGCCGGACUGUGCAACGACAGCAUCUCAAUAAUCCAUACAGGGGAUAAGCAGUGGCUGUACAGGGAUAAAGCCAUGGGUGGACAGAUAACGCGAAAUGCCUUUUACGACUCCCUCGGUGGCCCGUUCCCGUCCACGUCCCACCGAUGCCACCACAAACCCAAGAGGUGCCUGCCUAUCCAGUGUGGCAGCGUUGGUGGGCCCCUUCACAUCAGCCCACUUCUCUUCCAUCCAAACGCCAAGGGAUCCCAAAUCGUCAUGGACAGUGUCCAGAAGACAGUCAAGAGGCAGGCCAGUUUCUGCAAUGCCAUCACCUUCAGCAACAGGCCCCUAGCGCUGUAUGAGCAAGUCCGCCUCAAGAUUACUAAAAAGCAGUGUUGCUGGAGCGGGGCUCUACGUCUGGGCUUCACCGCCAAAGACCCCUCCAGGAUAAACCCUGACAACCUUCCCAAGUACGCCUGCCCCGACCUGGUGUCCCAGAGCGGCUUCUGGGCCAAGGCCCUGCCCGAGGAGUUUGCCAACGAGGGCAGCGUUAUUGCCUUCUGGGUUGACAAGAAAGGCAGAGUCUUCUACCGCAUUAACGAGUCCAGUCCCAUGCUGUUCUUCAGUGGUGUGCGCACAGCUGAGCCCCUCUGGGCCCUCAUUGAUGUUUAUGGUCUGACCCGCGGAGUGCAGCUGCUAGACAGUGAAAUUGUUGCCCCUGACUGCCUCCGCCCACGCUCCUUCACCACGGGGCGCUCGUCCUCUCUCCGCCGCGAAGCUGACGACUCCCGCCUGUCCGUCAGCCUGUGUGACCUCAACCUGCAGCAGGAGGAGGGGCGCAACGCCCACACUCCGUCCCACCGCCACACCCUCCACCUGGCCUCCGCCUCCCCGUCCUCCACCUGCCCCAUUCCCCAGAACUCCCUCAACUCGCAGCAGUCCUCUCUGCUGCCGUCGGCCCUGGAGAGCGACCUGCACUUCCACCAGCUGCGCGGCGCCCACAUCAAGACGCUGGACGAGCAGACGGUGGCGCGAUCCGAGCACGCGCGAGAGGAACGCACCCUGGUCUUCACUGACCGGCCCCUGCGCACCGGAGAGACUGUCUUCAUCAAGGUCACCAAGUCCAGCCCCGCGCGCUCGGGCUCGCUGUCCUACGGCGUGACGUCCUGCGACCCGGCCAUGCUGCACCCAAGCGACCUGCCCUACAACCCCGAGGCUCUGGUGGACAGGAAGGAGUUCUGGGCGGUGUGUCGGGUGCCGACGCCUCUCCAGAGCAGCGACAUCCUGGGCUUCUUGGUCAACCCACAGGGGGAGGUGCUUCUCAGCCAUAAUGGCACCAACGUGGGCAUGCAGGUGUGUGUAGACAACUCCCGCCCACUCUGGAUGUUCUUUGGUCUCCAUGGGGCUGUGACUCAGCUGAGGAUCCUGGGUUCCACUCAUGUCGGGGAUCCGCGAGCCACGUCCAACCCCAGCUCGCCCUCCUCCUCUCCACAAACUCCCAGUGCCCUGGGCAGUGGCAGCUCUGACCCGGUGGUGAACGGAGGCCUGUGCUCCGCCGCUUACUGCCGCUCAGCAGGGGGAACAACCCCAAAUUCGCCAGUCAGCCUCCCCAAGUCACCCACGUUCCCAACAGGCCGUGGGCCCUGGUCCGACGAGUGCUCUAUCUGCUACGAGAACACGGUGGACACGGUCAUCUACGCCUGCGGACACAUGUGUCUGUGCUACGGCUGCGGCCUCAAACUCAAGAAGAUGUCCAACGCCUGCUGUCCCAUCUGCAGACGGCAAAUCAAAGACAUUAUCAAGACCUACCGGAGCACGUAAGGGGACGACCGCUAACACACGGACGGCAAAAAUCCCAGAGUCUAGGGAAAGAAACGUCUAAGUUCAGGGAAUAUGAACGAUGGUACUUGUAAUUUGGUAUUUUUAAUACAGUUGUUUGGUUCACUUGCUUGACCUUUUCUAAAAGCCGGUUACUGCUUCGCUGGUAGGGUCUCUUGUCAUAGCCUCCCUGCAGAGAGGCAGAAGGUUCCACUGACAACAUUGUUCUGUUUGCUCUCUCUUUGGACUUUGGAGUGAGAAGGAAAAACUGAAACAAUUCCAAAAUGCUUUCGUGUGUUGAGCUAUGUCGCAAGACGUAGGGACUGUUGCCUUUUUGCAGCGAAGCAAAUGAGUCACUUUGGGUGCUGAAUGUCUGGAUAAUAGUUCUCUUGGAGGGAGACUGAAGCUCUGAAAUGCGCCGUCAACCCCGACGCGUGUGUCUGACUUCCACUUUCUGACAGGUAAUCAUCUCAGUUAGGUCACAGCCAUAGACUGUUAAAGUAUAUGGUCACAGCUUGUGUCCGUGUGUUCCUGAGCACUGGAGAAGAGAAGUUGGCGAUGGGUUUCUGUAAUUGUCGUGGUGAUUAUCAGUGAGUGAUGUGCGUAAAGAUGCAAGGCGGUGCUGAGUAUAUUAAGUAGGAUUGUAACGCCUCUUGUACUCGUAUAAUCUGAUGUACCUUCAUGAUAGUUCUAUUUGCAAAUGUCGGUGGUAGCUAUAUUGUUGUGGUAGCUAGCUGCUUGCUCCGCAAUGUGGUGUGUUGCACUGAAAUCCGCAUUGUCCUCUCCGAAAACGAGAGGAUAAAGACAUUCAUUGGUUCAAAACAAUCUACAAUCCUGCGUCCAGCAGACUCAGCAGCUUGGAAUCUAUGAAAGGAAAUAGGAAGUGAAAAAAACAACAUCAACAAAAAACAGUUAUUUGGAUUCUCCUCAGGGCCAGCGAUCUUUUUUUAAGAAGAUGUGAACUAGUUUCCCAAACUUUACUUAUAACCACGCCUAAUACACUGUGACAGGUCCUCUAAAAUAGUUCCCAUAACAACACAUAACGUCAAAAGGAUUGUUGCUAUGGUAUCAGAAGCCACCACAGAUACGACGCAGCCUCCUGCCUUAAACCAGAGACGCUUCAUUUGUUACACGCGGCUGUAUCACAUUCUGUUUGCUGCCGUUUUCCCAAAACCCUUCUUCGACACAUUAACAAAUAAUUGCUGUUCACAUUUUGUAUCCCCGAAUUUCAGUAUAAAAUGUCUUGAUACCCCCUCCAGAAAUUUCACCCCUAAAUACAGCCACUCAGCAGUAAGCCAUAGCUUAGCACAGGACAUCACUCAAAGCUGAGAGGCUGUUUUUUUUGUUCAGGUUUUAAACGACAUUGUACUUCACAACCUAUGCUGCUAUGGUAUUCACCAGCUGUCCUUUUUUUGGGCAAAUGCUGACAGUGAUGUUUCACACAUCCCUCCUCCCACAAUCCAGUUUGACUACGCUACAGCUUGAAGUGUUAAUUCACAUUUGAAUGUUAACUUAUGUAUUUAGAGAGAUAAAUGAUUUUUAUCGGUGUGCUUGAAUUGAAAAAACAAAGAAAAAAAACUUUUGUCUGUUGUUUUUAUUUUUUUUAGUUUCUUUUGAUUGAUAUUCCCGAUUCUAAGAUUUGUUUUCCUGUUUAUCUAAAACCAUAUAUUCCCUUACAGUGAGAGUAUAGAGAGCUUCUUGUACCUUGCAGCAAUAAGACACACACAAUCCAAAACCUCAUUGCUAUGGGGUACAAGAUAUAUAAACUCUUGGUUUUAUUACAAUCCUUGAAUUUCAGGAGUUCUUUUUUUGUAAUUUAUCUUCUUGUGUGCAAGCCCAUGUUAGGAAGCCCUUCUACCCAUUCUGUAUGUAUAUCUGUUAUUGUUAUAUAGUCUGAAAGCCAUCACUAUAUGGUAAUGUGUCACUUUAUAAAGCUACUGAUUGUAAUCUUGUAAAUGUUUAGGCCAGCGUUGCUCUCUGAGACUCAACCAUGGCAUGUUUUACUUUGACACCACGACCAAAUUCAAUCAUUGAUUUUCUUUUCCUUUUUAAAAAAAAUAAUAAUAAUACAUUGUAUGAAUGCAAGUCGCUCGUUGCAAAACCCUGUAUUUGAUUUGGGCUUUUAAAAAAAAUGUAUAUCCAUCAGUUUUUGUACCACUCUUUUAAUGAUGGGUAUUUUUAUUUUAUAGAAUUGUUUUUAGCAUCCAGAAUACUCCACAGGCUCCUUGAAUGUUACUGUACUGAUCCUGUUUAUUUGUCCAUCCACAAUCUGUGGACAAAUUCCUCCAAACAUAUCCUGUGUGUUUGCUUUCUACACAACAACUGCAGCUUUAUUCCUAAUCAGAAGAUGAUGUAUUGUUGACUUGAACUUUAUAACACACACACACACACACACACACACACUUCUCAUUCGAAGCAUGUUGCACUAACAGAUCUGUGAUAGAAACAAGAAGUAACGUAACUUAUUCAAUUCUACAUGUUGCUGUCAGGUGAAAACAUUGUAUGUCCCAAACCGUUGUUUUUCAGGAAAUGAAAGAAGACUGAUUUGAAAACAUUUUAUUGAGCUUUUUAAAUCAGAUUAAGUCAGACAAAAUCACCUCGUCACUGUUAAAAUAUUUGUAAAAACCUACAGACAGACAACAGGGACCCAUAGCAUUGAUUUAUGAGGGGAAAAAAUGACGAAAUAUGGAGAUACAAGGUUUCUGCCCGACAGCGACUAUAAUCAAUUCUUACGCCCUGUACUCUCUAUCGACGACGCUUUAUUUCCGGUAUGUUUAGGUGCCGCCGGAAAUUCCGCCAGAUGUCCCUAUUUUCGGCCGGAUGUCCGUCCCCUUCCUCUUUCUU